AUGGAAGAUCAAGCCUUACCACAACAUAGCGAGGAAGUUGAUUUUCUAUUUGUGCCAAUAUCGAAUCAUCUUAUGCAGCUUUGUGAGAAUCAUUUCGGAAAACAAUUGGGCUUCGCCAACAUCACAGAUUUGGAUGCCGUAAUUCAGCGGUUUCAAGAUGUCCUUGAUCUCGAGGGUAAUGAUUUUGCGCGAGCCAUGGACUUCUGCAACCUGGGUUGUGGCUACGUCAAUCGAUUUAAAAUAUCGGAUGAGAUGGCUGAUCUCGAAAAAAGCAUCGAGAACUAUCAAGCGGCAGUAAAAAUGACACCGCCAGAGGCCUCAUCACGAAUACCCAACGUGACUAAUCUAGCAAUGGCUAUCUACAUGAGGGCUUGGGUUGUCGACCGAGCUGCUAUGAUGUCACGGGAUGCGACUUUUGUAGACGAUGCUGUCCAACUACUCGAGGACCUCUUGGCACAAAACGGAUCUCAGUAUCAGUUACCGUUCCAUCUGAGAGCAAUCUUGGCCGACUUGUACAGAAUGAGAUGGGAGCAGAGACCGCAAGAAAAUAUCAACGAUUUGAGCAAUUCCAUACAAAACUUUGAGCAAUUAUGGGAUCUGAUACCAAAUGUCGACUCUUACCGUUGGAACCUUCUUGCCAGUCUGGGAAGAAUCUAUCUUAGACGUUCCGAGGAUUCUGGCAAUAUAGGUGAUGUGGACAUGUCUAUAAAGUUACUCCAGGAAUCAGAACAGAUCUCUACAAAAGAAGAUACCAGCGACUUGGAGAGAGUAGAUAUCCUCCAUGAGCUAGGGAGAGCUUUUGGGAGAAGAUUCAUGCGGUUGGGAGGAUUAGGAGAUGCCGAGUCAUCUAUUCAUUUCAAACAAGCGGCGUUGAACAAUCUUCCAGGGGACUCAUCGCCCCUCGAGCGGUUUCACAUACUAUCGUCGCUAGCUUGGGGUUAUUAUGAUAGGUACCGAGUGCUUGAAUCUAUAGAAGAUCUUGACAUCUCGAUCCGAGUGAACAAAAGGGCUCUGCAGCUCGUGCCAGAACGAGACGACCUCCAACUUGAGAUUAAUCGAAACCUGGGAGACAAGUAUAUUUCGAGGUUUGAGCGAACCGGAGAUCUGGCAGACAUUGAACAAUCUAUAUCGACAUUUCGAAAAGUCUUGGAAUUAGAUUCAAACAACGAAGAAACCAUCAUCACAGUAUCGCAGAGGCUAGGAGAUUCCUUGAGGAAGAAAUAUGAAACAUCAAACGGAUGCAACGAUAGUUUUGAAGAAGCUAUCCAAAGACUCAAGAAUGCAAUAUCUCUCAGCAAAGAUUGGGACAAAAGGCACCGGGCAAUGCUUUUCAAGACUUUGGCAAAUCUAUACACGGCCAGGUACACAAAGACCGAAACAUGGGAAGAUCUCGAAACGGCUAUUAGCUACGGUCAGACCUCCGUGGAUGUUCUCCCCAAAGGACACCCAACGCUACCGGAGUGCCUAUUCUCCCUCAGCUUGAAUUACAUGAAGAAGGCACACAGAACGAAACUGGAAGCUGACCAUGAAAUUGCUAUACAAACAAGUCAAAAAGCCGUGGAUUUGACGCCAAACGACCAUCAAGAAAAAUGUUAUAGGCUGCUGAGCCUUGGGCAUGAGUACAAGCUGCGUUUCAUGAGACAAUUUCAUAUCCUGCAAGAGGUGUCAGAUAUGGAGCUUGCGAUCGAAAUAUACGACCAAGCAUUCAGGCACCCUCAUGCUUCCAUUCGGCACCGAAUACAAGCAGGAAGGGCGUACGCUGGCUCUCUCCUAAUGGUAAAAGGUUUCAUGGAAAUACACCACGGUAUUGAUGCUGCCGCCCAUGAUGGAAUAAAGGAAAGGACCUCCGGCAAAUUGUUAACGAAAAUAUGGGAUACCACUGUUGCCUACCAGAUUGCAGCCGAAACACUCUCUCUAUUGUCCCAGCUAACUCCAUUGUCAUUGGAGGUCUCGGAUAAGCAAGUGCUGCUGAGGGAAAUUUCCAGACUACCAGCCCUUAUUGGAGUGACCUCAUUGACUGCAAACAAGAGUCCAUCUGAAGCAAUUCAAUAUAUUGAACUGGCCAGAGGCAUCAUAGUCGGCUCUUUGAGUAAUCUACGUGUUGGUAUUCUUGAUCUCGAGACAUUGCAUCCUGAAUUAUCACAAGAAUUCACCGAACUUCGUGAUCAGUUGGAUGCCGGCCCUGUGUCAAUCAACGGAGUUACAAACCCGCGCCAUGAGGCUAGCCAGAAGCUGAAAGAUACAAUCAGCAGCAUCCGGUGCCUGCCUGGUUUUGGCAAGUUCUUGUUGCCCUUAGACGAGGAGGAAUUGAUAGAGGCUUCAGCUCGCGGACCAGUCGUCAUUAUCAACAUGUAUUUCACUCGAUCAGAUGCACUGAUAAUUCAAAAUGGAGAGACACGGUCUAUAGACCUACCAGAAUUAUACGAGUAUGAAGUCAUUGAGUAUUCAGCGAGGCCUGAAAUCGACCGUGAUACACUGGAAUGGCUAUGGGAUACUGCCGCUGGUCCAAUACUCGACUCGCUGGGCUAUCUUGGGGCGCCUACUAACAAUUCCUGGCCUCGCGUGUUCUGGAUCCCAACUGGUGCCUUGUCAUUCUUUCCCAUCCAUGCAGCAGGAUACCACUAUACCGGCUCAACGAGAACCGUGAUAGACCGCGUGAUCUCAACCUACAGCUCUUCCGUUAGAGCUCUUAUCAACGGCCGGCGUGCUAGUUGGGCAUCCGCACCACAGCAACCUAGGAAAGCUGUUCUAGUUGGAGUGCAGGAGCUCUACCACGCCCCAGAAGAGAUAAAAAAGCUUGAGAAGUUGUGUGACGAAAUGCAUCUGGAUGUGAUAAAGCCAAAGCCUUACCGAGAGCAAGUUCUCGCUUUGCUAGCUGAGUGUGAAGUCUUCCACUUCGCGGGUCACGGGAACACGCACCCCCUCGACCCCUCGAGGAGCUCACUUGCCAUGAAGGACGCGCCACUGGCGGUCAAGGACCUCUUCAACAUCAAACUUCAUGAAAGGGCCCCGUUUCUCGCCUAUCUCUCGGCAUGCAGCACUGGCCGCAAUGAGGAUCAGGAGCUCCAAGACGAGGGUCUUCACUUGAUCGGUGCGUGCCAGCUAGCUGGUUUUAGGAAUGUUAUCGGGACUUUGCGAAAAGUGAAUGAUGGGAUUUGUGUCACGGUAGCGGAGAUGACUUAUAGAUGGAUUAGAGAUUUUGGUUCGACUGACCAGUCUGUUGCCGAGGGGCUCCACCAUGCCACAAGAUUUCUGCGUGACCAGUGGAUGGCUGGUGAUAACACUGAUGAGUCUUCACGCAGGAAUGGGAAAUCGAAAGGACAGGUGAAAGACAAGCAGAGUCGGCUGCUGAGAUCGAUAGACAGGACUGAAAGAUUGGAGAGGGGAAGAGACAUGGUGAGAUGUGAUGAAGAACCACUAUACUGGGCCCCAUUCGUUUACUUUGGCAGUUGA